CUGCCUUGUUUGGGUAGCUGUGGUCAUGUGACCAGAGAGGCAGCGGUGAAAAUGUGGACAGUUUGAUUUACAAGUGGGCAGCGUGAAGUUUUGCCCUUCAUUCACAGCUCAUAACCGUGAAAGGCAGAUCAGCCCAAAAUGAAGGCGAUUCUCCUCGUUGUAGCUGUGCUGGCUGCACUGACAGCAGGAUCACCGUGCGCGAAGGAUCAUGACGAGCUCGUGCUGAGGCUCAAUAAGGAGCUGCUGCGCUCCACUGAAGAGCCCGGCUCUCUGCCCAACCCCAGCGUCCACAUCGCCCUGCGCCUGUCCACUCACCACAACCUGGCCAAGGAGAGCCAGCACCUCAACCACCUCAAAACCAAACUCCACGAUGACAUUCAGAACUCUCUCAGUGGGGGUCAGAUGGUGGUGGGCCGUCUGGCUCUGUACAUUCUGGCUCUGAAGUCUUCCUGCCACGACCUGAACAGUCUAACUCUGAUUGAGGGAGAGACCAGCGACACCCUGCUCACCCACCUCAAGAGGCAGAUGGAGAAGGAGAAAGAGAACAUUGUAUUGAGUAACCGUCCCCUGACCAACUACUAUCAGUACUCCCUGGGCAUUCUGGCUCUGUGUGUGAGUGGAGUGAGGGUCAGCUCACACGUCAGCCACAAACUCAUCCACGCCGUCCAGCACGGCCAGAUCAAGCACGGCGACUCCAUAUGCGUCGACUCGUAUGCGAUGGCAGGCAUGGCUCUGCAGUGUUUGAAAGAAGCUGGAACCCCAGUGAAGGAUGGGCUGGACCUGAACGAUCCUCUGGCUACCAUCAAACAGAAGCUUCAGCACUCCCAGCGAGCUGAUGGACACAUAGGCAAUGAGUUCAGCACUGGACUGGCUGUGCAGGCUUUGCUGGCGAUGGGCAGUAAGGUGACGGAGUGCUCCACCUCUAUGGAGGCUCUCCGUUCAGACGCUAGAAAGGGGUCGUACCACAACGCCAUGGCCAUCUCCCAGACCCUGCCUGCUCUACAGCAACGCUCCUACCUCCAUCUGAAGAGCCACGAGUGCCGCAAUGAGGACGACACUCUUGUUCUGGACGCUGCUCCGGUUGUGGAAGUCCUGCCAAGCCUGACCAAAGUCCCUGUGCGGGUGGAGGUGCUGAAAGCUGACGGCUCGUCCUCAGAGUAUCGCCUUGACGUUCCCAGUGGCUUCUCGCUGCUUGAGGUUCUCACCCUGCUUCAGGACCAUCAGAUGGGUUUCACGUUUGAGACGGAGGACAGUCUGUGGGGACCCUUCCUUAGCCGGGUGAACGGAGAACAGGCUCGGCAGACUGACCGCAGAUAUUGGCAUCUCUCCUCAGAUGGCAAUGGUCUAAAAGAGGGCAUCAAGGACUAUAAGAUUGAGAAGGCUCAGAAGAUCACCAUCAAGAACACUGGAUACUGAGCGCUGUGAUUGGGAUUUGAGACGAAUGAAGAAAAGCAUCUACAUGUUAAUGUUAGGCCCAAUCUCAUUUCUUCUUUUUACCCCUACCCCUUGUUUUUGAGUGUCACCCUAACCCCUUGGAACAGAGUUACAAAGGGUAGUGGUUGAAAUCUUGCCCUACGAAAUGGGACCCUCAAAUAAAACGAAAAAAAUAAAACAACAUUGCUUCCCAGGCUACUAGCGCUGCUCUGUAGGCGACCCGGCCCGUCUUCAGUGAUAGCCGAGAAGGGUAAAGUUCAGCUCCUCACUGCUGGGCUUCAGUUACAUUUAGGGCAACAUAUGUUUUCAAAGAGGGGUUUAAUACAAUUAUUUAUUAUCACCCACCCCUAAUUCUUUGGUGAUACGAAGCUGAAGUCAGAUAUUCACCAGCUUCUUGCUCGAAUUUUCCCGUCCCACCUUAAAUGGUGCAGCAGUUACAUUCUGGCGCUUCAGGUGUCAGAACUACUGGACUAUUUAAGGUGGAACGGGAAAAUUAGCUAGCUAGCUACCGAAAUAUUAGCCUGCUAUUAGUGAUUUUUUAUGCUUGUUAUGAAGAAAAUGACCAUAAUACAUUAAAACGACAUUAAACUAAGACAAUACAGUGGUUAUCGUCAUUUUUUAACAGAGAAAAUUCUCACAUUUGUGGGUUUCUUUGGUCUCUUGCUCUUCUUGCCCACUUCUUUUUUCUGAUAACACUCUGUUUGGAGUGUGUCUCUGAAAAACCUCCAUUUGGUGGGCUAUGUAGCCCUAACACUUCGCCCUACCCCUCUAUCUCAACAAAAAUUGGGACACCCUACCCCUAGACGUGAACGUGCAAAACAGAGGGCUAAGGGCUAAGUGGUAGGGGCGAGGGGAGAAAUGGGAUUGGGCCUUGGAUUAGAAUAAUGUGAGGAAUGUUUCAGUGCGUUCCCCUUUUUAUAGAUGUAUUUUAAAGUUGAAUGUACUGAGAGACAUUUUCCAAAUCCUUUUCUGUGGUAGUCAAAGCUGUUCAACCAGAUCAAAUCAGUAUUUUAAUAAAAAUUAAAUAAAGUUUCAUAAUGACAUUUUGAAAAGUCUCCCUCUGUGGCUGAUUUCAAAUAUCACUUCUUCAGUUUCGUCUUAAUAGUGAAUCUGUGCAUGUUCUUGUCAUAUAUUCAAGUUUAUUCUUCUUUAUCUACAAUGUAAACAUGGUUACCUUGUAUGCUUCAUAUCAGGGGUUCCCUGAACUGGCAUUGGGAAGCCCUGCUUUAUAUCCUUACAUAGAAUCACUUCUGUUUGAUGAGGGCAAAAUGCAAACAUAACAUAAAUAAAUGAAAAAUAAAAGUCA